GGAGUUAUACUCCAGUCUAGUAGGUGGCGGUAAUGCAACAUGUAUUGGAUGCCAACCCGCCGUUAAACCUCAUCGAAGAAUAGCAGUGGUGGCAUGCUUGAAGGUUAGCGACAUAUUUAACGAAAUACAAUAAUAACUACUAGUGACACACAUACUGAGUAGCAAGGUAUAGCAUUAUCGUGUAGAACAUGGUAACAUAUCAACAUUGGAUAUAACAAAGCCAGUCCACACGUCGCGGUGAUUCCAGCUAGCUAUGGCCAGCCUGUCCAACUACGCUGUGCGUAUGGCACGUCUCAGCGCACGUAUCUUUGGGGAUGUGGCGCGUCCGACGGACAACAAGUCCAUGAAGGUGGUCCAGCUGUUCAAGGAGCCGCCCAUGGCCCAGAAAAAGGAGGUGUACGACUGGUACCCUCAACACAAGAUCUACUAUGCCCUUACACAGAAGCUACGGUACAUGGGACUCUUCAGAGAUGAGCACGAGGACUUCAAGGAGGAGAUGCGGCGGUUGAGGAAACUACGAGGCAAGGGGAAACCCAAGAAGGGCGAAGGAAAGAGAGCCACCAAGAAGAAAUAAGCACUUCCUUUCCCUGUCAUAUAGGACCUAUGGGUAAAACCAGCCUUUCCCUGUCAUAUAGGACCUAUGGCUAAACCCAGCCUUUCCCUGUCAUAUAGAACCUAUGGGUAAAACCAGCCUUUCCCUGUCAUAUAGAACCUAUGGGUAAACCCAGCCUUUCCCUGUCAUAUAGGACCUAUGGCUAAACCCAGCCUUUCCCUGUCAUAUAGGACCUAUGGGUAAAACCAGCCUUUCCCUGUCAUAUAGGACCUAUGGCUAAACCCAGCCUUUCCCUGUCAUAUAGGACCUAUGGGUAAACCCAGCCUUUCCCUGUCAUAUAGAACCUAUGGCUAAACCCAGCCUUUCCCUGUCAUAUAGGACCUAUGGGUAAACCCAGCCUUUCCCUGUCAUAUAGAACCUAUGGCUAAACCCAGCCUUUCCCUGUCAUAUAGGACCUAUGGGUAAACCCAGCCUUUCCCUGUCAUAUAGAACCUAUGGGUAAACCCAGCCUUUCCCUGUCAUAUAGAACCUAUGGGUAAACCCAGCCUUUCCCUGUCAUAUAGGACCUAUGGGUAAACCCAGCCUUUCCCUGUCAUAUAGGACCUAUGGGUAAACCCAGCCUUUCCCUGUCAUAUAGAACCUAUGGGUAAACCCAGGCUUUCCCUGUCAUAUAGGACCUAUGGGGGAAUCACAACAGGCCUCGUUUGCUUUGGGACACCAGAGGAAUGGCCUCCCUAACUGUGUUCACAUCGGUAACAUGUGACCCCACUCAGGAUGUUCAUAUUAAAUGGACCCUUGUAACAGCUGAUGAUGAUGAUGAUGAUGUGUUGAGAGGAUCCUUUCAUAUCCCAUCACAGAACAUCCUGUCUGACAAGUGACCAGUCUUUGAUCGCUGUGUGUUUGGUACAUAAAACAUUUCUGUUCAUUGCUUUACAAGAUGUUUCAUUUAGGUUUCAAUUGUAUCCGCGUUGUUAGCAGCUUUCCGUUCUCAUACCAUCUGUACAGUGAAUAGGUGAAGGAGACCUGGAGGGCAUCAGUACAUGUCAUUGUGAUGCUAGUAUGUUCCUAUUGGCUGAGACAAAGCUGCUGAUUUUACAUCUGUUCUGAGUAACACCAGGUGUCAUGAAUACAAUACUGUCAACAAAUCUGCUGAGAUGUGUAGGAGGACUCUCUCCAUUUUGUGACUGGUUAAUUGCCAUGUAAGUACUGUGUUAUACAAUGUUGUUAAUAGUGACUUAGUGUAACUACAGGAAACCCAUUAAAACCUGUUCUGACCUGA